AUGGAUCAAGCCAUCGAGGCCUUCAAAUCCCAAGGUAUACCUGUCCUCGAGCCAGGCCAAUCAGCUUACGAUCACGCCAUCGCAACCUCAAACCUCUUGUAUCGCUUCUCAAGACCUGAAUGUGUCGUUCAGCCAGAGUCCGCUGAACACGUUCAGACUAUCGUCAAGGAAGCAAAGUCGAGGAAACUCAAAAUUACCAUCAAGUGUAACGGCCACUCCUAUGCCGGCCACUCUACUGCCUUUAAGGGCAUCUCCCUUGACCUCAGGAGGAUGAGAAAGGUGGAGCUCGACAUGAAGUCCGCGACAAAGACCGUCACAUUCGAUGCCGGCUGUCAGUGGGGUCAUGUAUACGGGACACUCAUUAAUGGUGGGCAUGAUGGCUUCAUCAUCAACGGUGGCCGUUGUCCUACCGUCGGUGUCAGCGGUUUCACCCUCGGAGGAGGUCUUGGCCCCUUCACACGGAGCUUCGGCAUGGGGAGCGACACUCUGAUGGAGGCCGACAUUGUAACUGCAGACGGAAAUUUGGUCACCGUGAAAGAAACAGACGACCCCACAUCCGACAAGGGCAAACUCUUUUGGGCCCUCCGUGGCGCAGGCGGCGGUAACUUUGGUGUUGUGGUCAAGUUGAAGUCAAAGGUCCAGCAGCUGCAGAACAGGUAUGGCAUGGUCGUCGCCGGGCGGUAUCAGUGGUUCCCCAAAGGAGGGUUCACCGACGACGUCAUCGCCACCAUGAACGAUUUCUACACCACCGACUGGCCCAACAAGAUUACCAUCGACACGACCUGGAUAUGCGACCUCCGGCAGAGCGGGUCACUCGGCGGCGUCCGCUUCACCGUCGCCUUCGAUGGCAGCAAGUACGAAUACGAUCGCGUGAUCGACGAGCACUUCAAGCGGGAAGAACUCAAAGUCCAGCUCAAACGCCGCGUCCUCCCCGAAAAGUCGACGCGCUUCUUUUACGAGACGCUCGUCAACCAGUGGCUCGAAGAGACCGAGCGCGCGUACCCCGCGAACAAGACGUACGAGCUGUACAGUUCCUUCAUGUUCACCAAGGACAACAAGGACACCAUCCAAAAGGUCACCGCCAUCAUCCGCGAUCUCAUGGCAUCGUUCCGCGCCGACUUCGCCGGCGAGCAGGUGAACUUCCUCGUCACCUGGAUCCACUCCGGGGGCAAGGCGACGGAGAGGAAGCCAACCGACUCGGCGUUCUUCUGGCGCGCCGCCGUGUUCCACACGUACGUGACGGUGGAGUGGGUCGACAAGUGGAUGGAGCGCGACAUGCGCCGCUUCCUCGCGAAGGUGAAGAAGGCGCUACGGCCGCUGUCGCUGAACGGGGAGGCGGCGUUCAUCAACUUCCCCGACCGCGACUUCCCGGUCAGGGCGCAUGAGAGGGCGUACUUUGGAGACAACCGCGAGGAGCUGCGGCGCGUGAAGCAGAUUUGGGAUGAGGAUAAUUUCUUCCAGUGGGUCCAGGGGAUACGGCUUCCAGGAGGUAUGGAAAACGAGGAGGGGGGAGAGUGGGGCGAGAACGAAGAGGACGGAGAGGAUGGAGAUAAGACUGAUCAACUCGCGAGUGAACAAUGGGAAUACUACAAGACUGGGGACAUUGUGAAAGAUCGCGACGGGUUGGUUGAUUUGGGGUUUUAA